UGUUUUGUGGUGAAUAUGUUUUGUGUUUUGUGUGUAUAAUAAUCUGUGUCUGGGACUAUAACCUAAAAGCAUUGGCUGGGAUUGUCAGUUUUGUGACUGGAAGAUUAUUUCUAAAAAAGUGAGUUCAAAACGUUGUGUUCAAAACCCUCACAGCACCUUUUGGAACAGUAGGAUGGAAUUAUUAUCAAAGCAUUUAAAAGACAUAAAAGUUCCAACAGCAAAUAGUAAAGUUUACAAAGACGAAUGUGUGUUUUCCUUCGAUAACCCAGAAAUAGAAACUGGAUUGUAUGUAAGCUUAUCGACCUUCUUAGGCUUGGGAAGAGAUCAUGUUGAGAGAUAUUUCCGAAAAACAAAACACGCUGUUUACUUGCAUAUAGAACGAUUAAAACAUGAGGUUUCAUCACCACCACAGGGCGAUGGUCCAGAUAAGAAAAUUACCAGACUUGCCAUUGGUGUUGAAGGUGGGUUUGACCCAGAUGCAGGGAAGAAGAAAUAUGAAUUUGAAGAUAUCUACACUAUAGUGCUUUUGCCAGAUUUUGUGAUACUGUCUUGGCCAAAUGAAGAAAUGCCAGAUAUUGUAAAACAGUCUGUCCAGGCAAUAAUUGAUCUACCAUCAGCUAGUAAACUUGCAGAACUUGAGGCUCUUAGUGGAACUUGGGAUGGUGAAUGCCGCAUAGUUUCAAUAUAUGCAAAUAACCUCCAGCAGCUGGACAAUGGAAAAAAAAUUCCUCCAACUGGUUGGAAUUGUGAAAAAUGCGACAAGACUGACAACUUGUGGUUGAACCUUACUGAUGGAUCUAUAUUAUGUGGUAGAAAAUUCUUUGAUGGCACUGGUGGUAAUAACCAUGCUGUAGAGCACUACAAUGCUACAAAAUAUCCUUUGGCUGUUAAGCUAGGAACAAUUACUAAAGAUGGAAAAGGUGAUGUUUACAGUUAUGCUGAAGAUGAUAUGGUUGAAAACCCAAAUUUAGUUGAGCAUUUGGCUCAUUGGGGUAUCAACAUUGCCAACUUGGAGAAAACAGAAAAAUCUAUGCUUGAGCUGGAGCUGGAAUUAAAUACGAAAUCUAAUGAGUGGGCAGCAAUGCAAGAAAGUGGAGUGAAACUGAAGCCUAUUUAUGGGCCAGGUUACACAGGAAUGGAAAAUAUGGGUAACUCUUGCUACCUGAACAGUGUAAUUCAGAUGUUGUUCAGGACUCCUGAUUUUAUCAAUAAGUAUUAUGAGGGUGCUGAUGGGAUCUUUGAUAAGGCUACUGGGAAUGUUGAUCCUGCUGAGGAUUUCAAUGUUCAGAUGGCAAAACUGGGCCAUGGCCUUCUAUCUGGCAAAUACUCCCAACCUCCACCUCCAGAAUCGAAUGAAGGACCACCGGGCAUUUGCCCUCAAAUGUUCAAAACCCUAGUGGGUAAAGGUCACCCUGAGUUUUCUACCAAAAAACAGCAGGACGUUCAGGAAUUUAUGCUGCACUUGCUAACGCUACUUGAGCGUAACAACAAGACUCAAAUAAAUCCAGGCGAGUGCUUCAAGUUUAAGAUCGAAGAGCGAUUCCAGUGUGGUACCAGUAAAAAGGUGAAGUAUUUAACCAGGCCUGAAGUCAUUCUGCCACUCUUGAUACCAAUGGAUGCUGCUGUAAAUAAGGAGGAGGUGGCCGCUUAUGAAGCAAGAAAAUCCGAAGCCGAAGCUCAGGGGAAACGGCUGGAGUCUGAUGCAAUUGUCAGACCGAAAAUAAAGCUUUUCUCUUGCCUAGAGCUUUUCACGCAGUCUGAAGUCAUCAACAAUUUCUACAGUUCAGCUGUUAAUGGAAAUGUUCAAGCUAGAAAGACGACAAGACUAGCCACAUUCCCCGACUACUUAGCCAUUCAGCUGAAGAAGUUCAUGUUACGCGAGGAUUGGGUGCCCAUCAAGCUGGACGUCUCUAUCGAGAUGCCUGAUAUCCUGGACGUGUCUAUGUUGAGAGGAGACGGCCCGCAGCCUGAGGAGGAGUUGUUGCCGGAACCAGAAGUCAAACCGCCCGUGCCUGUCAUGGACGAGGCCGUGCUAACGGAGUUGGAGAAUAUGGGUUUUCCACCGGAAUCUUGCAAGCGAGCCGUUUUCCACACUGGAAACACUGGUUUAGAAUCUGCAACUGCUUGGAUGAUGGAACAUAUUACAGACUCGGAUUUUUCUGAUCCUUUCGUCCCACCUGGUACUGAAAGUAUUGGAUUCACUCCUAAUACCGAUGCGUUAAAUACUAUUAUAGGGAUGGGAUUUACACAAGACCAGGUCAGUACGAUUGUUUCUAAAGACGGCGACUGACUUAAGUCAAGCGCUGCAAUGCAAUGCUCACAUCGAGCGUUACAUUACAAAGUCCAUGUCAAAAUAUCAGUUCUAGAAGUAGCUAGUGCUGCGUUCAUAUUAAUGGGGCUAUUGCAACCUGAUAAAGAACAAAAAAUAGAUGGUGGUGGCAGACAUUUAUUUAUAGGAAGAGAUGUAAAUGUUGGUGCGACAUUAAUGAGUAUCUUAAAAAACGAAGAGCUGUUGCCACCCAUCUUAUUGAUUUUUUUAUAGUAUUCCGCUUGUUGCGGAUCCCAUGGUAUACUCUAUUACGCUAUAAAUCAAUAAAAAAUAAAGUUUUCUCCGUGCACUACUCAAUCAAUAACGUGUGUUUAGAUAACUAUCUCAACUAAUAAAAUAAGAAGACUGCAGAGACUGUGCUCAAAGGCGAAGUAGUGUAAUGUAACCAUCCAAGGGAUUCGUCAAAAAACCGACAGUCAAGUUGAGUAUGAUUUGCUCGUCGUGAGCCCUUUGUUCGGCGCUCGCUUUAGCAAUCCACUAGCGAUUUUUUGUGUUAGAUUACAUUUCAUUACAGCGUUCGGCUUAAAACUGGCCUUAUACUGGGUAAUUGAGCGAUUGAUAAAUAGUACACAAAACGUAGGUCUGCCUUUAAGGACAUUCUACACAUAACAGGAACGUGAGCAUCCUGAGGUUGUUUUUAAGAUUUCCAAUAAUGUCUAGAAAUUUAAUUCUAUUACAGGCUACAAAGGCAUUGAAAGCGACAGAUAAUAAUGUUGAAAGAGCUAUGGAUUGGAUUUUCUCACAUCAAGAUGAACUGGAGAGCUCUUCAGUUGCAUCACCGCCACCCCCAGAGUUCAGAGAUGGAGACGGAAGCAAUAUGGCUGCUGCGCGUUAUGUUGAUGAUGUCCUACAAACCACUUUACUGCCGUAUCUAGAGGGCCGUACACACGUCCUUUUUCAGUAAGACAACCCACGUGCCCAUGUGGCCACCCCGUUCACCGGAUUUCAAUCCCAUCGAACAUGUGUAGGAUAUGAUGGGGAGGAGUCUAUCCAGUUUGCACCAUCCGCCACAGGCUCUGCUACAGCUAAUCCACGAAGUUCGAGUUGCUUGGAAUGAGGUGCCUCAAUCAGACAUCGAUAAUCUCAUUUUGUCGAUGCCUGGAGGUAUAUAGGAGUGUAUUCAGCUGCGGGGUCGCCCAACACAUUAUUUUUUUUCUUAUUGUCAAUAAAAUUUUGUGAGAAUGUUAUCGUUUCAUUCUUGAUGUAAGACUACCUCAUUGCCAAAAAUCAAGUUGAAGAAAUUAUUAUUUCUGGGUGUAACACUUCUAGUCAGUGUCACUGAGUAUAUAAAAUAGAAUGUCAAUCGAUAAAAUAAUUGCCUUUUUCCAGAAUACAAAUUGGUUGGCUUCAUUUCCCACAUGGGCACAUCGUCAAUGGUAGGACAUUAUGUAGUCCACCUUCUGAAGAAAGAUCGCUGGGUAAUCUUCAAUGAUAGUAAAGUGGCCCUCUCAGAAAAUCCACCAAAGGAUCUUGGAUAUAUCUAUUUGUAUGAAAGAAUGUAACCUUAUUUUCAUGUUUUUUAUUCAAAUUAAAUUAAUUUCAAGACAUUUGUUUUUUUUCACUAUGCACACGACCUUGUAGGUAUGCGGGCAUCCAUUAUUCUUAGCUAGCCUGCGAUUCUAUCCAGAUGUUUUCUCUCUAACCAUGUACUGUUAUCAAGGAAAUACCUAAGUCGGCCAGUGCCUGUU